AUGGAGUUUCCUGCAUGUCGCACUCCUGAGUGGCUGCGGGCUGCCUUUGACGGCCCUUUGGAGCAAAAAUUACCGGCGGCAGAGCAGCAGCAACAGCAGCACUCGCAAGCAGCAGCAGCAGCAGGAGCAUCCGGGUUGCUGAGGUGCCCCUCGUUCGUGUUUAAGGAGCUUGAUACAACUCCGCGUCUGCUUCUGGCCACUCCCACAAGCACGACAGUCACGCCAGCCCGUCGGCGUCGCAGCAGUAGAUACAGCAGCAGCGAGAGCAGCACCAGCAGAGGCAGUAGCGACAGCAUCAGCUUGUAUGAGCAGCGCGCUGCAGCAGUGAGCAACAGCAUUCGGGAAGCGUUGUUCAGGCAGGCGCUUUUCCAGAUACAAAAUGUGGAGGUGCAGACACUCGGCAGCUGUAGAGCCCCCCGUAUCCUUACUUCUGCCGCUGUCGUUUAUGACAUGCAGCAGCACCGUUGGCAGCGCGAAGCUGCAGCAGCCGCAGAGAAGAGGCCGAGCUUUGUCAGCACGCUGAAAGAGAGAGUCGACGCCCUACUGCAUCGGAGAAGCAGUCCAAUCUUGGGGGAGCUGCUGAGGAGGGAGGAGUGGCAGGUGGAUCGCUGUGGGAGCAUGCGCGCAUACGAAGUGUCAGUACACCGCGACGACCUGGACUUUUACACACUAACCCUAAACCCUAGAAGCUUUGCGGACAGAUUGAGGAAGUGGUGGUUCAAGUGGGCAGAUACGAAUGAUGAGUAG